AUGGAAAGUGCUUGUGCCAGUAGUCUGGUGAGUAACUUUAGCAGGAGUUGUGGUACUAGUUGUUCCAAUAGUUCUUCUUCUUCUCGUAGAAGUAUUAGUAUUAAAGGACAGGCAGGUGCAGGAGUAGAGCCAAACUGCUACCGCAUCGCCUACGAUCAAGUGACGCGCAGUCACAAAAUUGGAGUGGGAGUCCAGCGAGCUCAGAUAAACAAAGACGUUAUGGCCGUGUUUCUCCGAGGUCGAGAGUAGAGUGGCCUUCAUAUUGCGUUUGAAGUCCUCGUUAUGUGAGCAUGUAGGGAAACACUGAUCACGUAACUGCACUUAUGUAGUUAUUCUACUCUUUGUAAGUAGAAAAUGAUGCGGACUCUUUGUAAGUGGAAGAUAAUUAAUAUGGUAAGUAAUGUAUGUAUUUUUUCAAUGUAUGAUCCAUCGACGUCACGAUCAGGAAUAUAAAUGAUUAGCGAGUGCGAGUGCAGGAAGGGGGAAACACGUCAAGCACCAUGUUCAUUCUUGACCUCUCUCGGAUCUUAUAUUCUUUCGGUGCGGGCAAUCUACUGAGUUCGAGCAGAAAAGCCGCAGAUUCCUAGAAGUGCCUCUUCGAUUUUCGUCUAAAAUAAGACCUACACCAGUCAGGAGGACAUCCACAGUAGCUGUUGCGAACGAUCGGGAUAGAAGUUGGCUGAAUUACCGCAACAAGGCGCCAUUAUUCGAGGCGCCCCCGUCGACGUCAGUUACAUCUGCAGGGGCGCACGGGUUCGAAGAUGCAUACAGCAAGGGGUAGAUGCGGAGCGCGUCUUGUUCCGAUGCUUCCUCAAUUAGUGCACCCGUGGUCUCAGGAGGCUGAUGCACUCCACCUGCCGCCCGUUUGCGAACAGGAUAAAACUGAGGCUACUCUCCUAGCAGCCCCGCGAUACAAAAAAAGUAGCGGCCUGGCUUGUUAGUCUGAAUCUUAGAUCCACCUUAUCCACGUCAGUGAAGGUGAACGCUGCGUCUGAAGAGCGAU